AUGGUCUACCGUUACACACUUUCAUACGAAGCAUUCCACAAUACUGAGAGGGAAAGGCAAAGAGUGCCCCAACGCAACGAAGAUCCAGAAGAAAUCAAUAACGAGGAUCACAACGACGAUCAUGGUGAUAACGACGACGCUGCAUUCGACUUUGACCGAGAAGUUGAACAGUGUAGGCGAUCCAAUGCUUUGGGCAUUUUGAAAAUAAAGGAUGAGGCCAAAAUUCCCCAAACGGUGGUGGAGUCAAUCGUCAAAAGUACAACACAAGUUGUAAACAACAGUGUCGACGUUAUCCAGCAUGGGUUACAGCAGUGUUUACAGAAUGCUGGUUUACAAAUCGACGACAUCCCUGGCAUUGAAGAGCUGUUUGAAGAGUCCAGUAGCAUCCGUGAACCAUUUAAGGAUUGCCACAAUGAAGCAUCCCAACUGAAGUACUAUAAAGAAAAUUUAGGAAUGGUGGAGCCUGAAAAGAUUGUGUUAGGCAGAUACCACAAAAAGGUCAGGAAGGGCAGCAAACUUGUUGAUGUUGAAAAAGAAGACAAGGCAUACUAUGUGCCAUUAAUAAAGAGCAUCCAGCAACUUUUAACCAACGAGGCUGUUGUUGAAGAGAUUAACCAUCCUCAUAAUCGUGAUGAUGGGUUGAUGGCAGAUUAUUGUGAUGGUGAGGAAUAUCAAGCACAUCCAUUGUUCAGCCAAAAUAGACAUACACUUCAAAUAUUCCUAUUCUUUGAUGAGUUAGAAGUGUGCAACCCCCUUGGGUCACGAGCAAACACUCACAAAAUAGGCAACUUCUACUACACACUUGGCAACAUAUCACCAGAUAAACGGUCAAGUCUUGGUGCAAUUAUGCUGGUAGCCAUUGUAAACAGCAAACAUCUUAAAGAAUACGGUGUUGCAAGUAUCCUUAACACAAUCAUGGAGGACAUCAGAUUACUUGAGGAGGGUGUUGAAUUUGAUGUUUGUGGGGAAAAAAAACAAAUCAAGGGAACUAUUAGAAUGCCUGGGACUUGCUGA